UCUUCGUUUACAUUUACUCUGUCGCCAAACAACAAAUGUUUUAUUAUUACAUUCGAAAUCAUUAGAAAUUGAUUAUGAUAAAGCAACAAUUUGGAUGGGUGGAGGAACUAUUAGAUUAGAAGGGCCGAGAAUAAUUGGUUGGAAGGAAUUAGCAGGACGAAAUGAUCUUUUGGAAAUGAGAUUAGAUAGAGCUUUAUUGCCUGGGAGAAAUUAUAUUUUGGAGUUGGGAUAUAAAGCAAAGAUUGGGAAAAACUCACAGGAAGGUGGACUUUAUCAAAGUCAUUAUUUAAAUGGAGCAAACGGAGAGAAUAGAUAUAUAGCCGCAACACAAAUGCAGCCAUUGGAUGCACGAAAAAUGUUGCCAUGUUUUGAUGAACCUAGUUUUAAGGCAGAAUUUUCUAUAUCAGUCCAACAUCCAGAUGGCACUGUAGCACUAUCAAAUGCACCUAUUGAACAUACAAGAAAUGUUGAAAGGGGAUGGACACUUUCAUUAUUUGAAAAAACCCCAAAAAUGGCCACAUAUUUAUUGGCUCUUGUUAUUAGCGACUUUCAAUAUCGAGAAGCAUCUUAUAAUAAAAUUAAAAUACGAGUUUGGUCACAAACUUCAAAACUUGAUUAUACUGCUCAUGCCCUAGAAGUUUCUGUUAGAUCUUUAAAAUAUUUUGAAGAUUAUUUUGGAAUAAAAUAUCCACUCAAAAAACUUGAUAUAUUUGGAGUUCCUGCUCUUCGCGUUGCUGCAAUGGAAAAUUGGGGCUUAAUCAUAUGUCGUCAACAGAAUCUAAUCUAUAUAGAAGGUGUUCAGGCACGUAGAGAUAAACAAUUUGUUACUGAUGUUUUAGCACAUGAAAUUGCACAUAUGGCACGUAUUAAAUAUUUAAAAAAUAAUUUUAAAAUUAAGUGGUUUGGCGAUUUGGUUACAAUGGAAUGGUGGGAUGAUUUAUGGCUGAAUGAGGGAUUUGCAACAAUAAUGGGCAUGAAGGCAGCAGAUUAUGCAGAGAAUUCAACAUCAAGAACGAGUCAACUUUUCUAUGAACAUACAGUCAAGGCAUUCCGUUUUGAUCAAGUUGCUCAUCAAGCACAUGCUUUAAGCUAUAAAAUAUCCUCUGUUCGUGAAGUUGCCAGACGUUUUGAUAGAAUUACUUAUUUAAAAGCAGCGGCUGUGUUAAGAAUGGUUGAACACACUGUGGGAGAAAAUAUUUUUAGAGAAGGUCUUCGAUCUUUUCUUCGAAAUUAUAAAUUUAAAAAUGCCCGUUCUGAUGAUCUUAUUAGAUUUAUGGAUAGCUGGACAUAUCAAACAGGAUUUCCUCUCAUUCAAUUAAUUGCUUUAAAUUCAACAGCAGUUAUAGCUAGUCAAGUACAAUUCUUUUAUUUACAAGAGCCAAGUUCAAAUCCUUCUUCGUGGAAAGUUCCAUUAUUUAUUAAUGGAAAUACUACAAAUAAUGGAACUGAAGAUGUUCUUAUUCUUGAAAGAGAUUCUGUUAUUUUGCCUCGUUAUCAGAUUGUUGAUCCAAAAGCACACGGUUAUUAUCGUAUUCAAUAUGAUCCCGAAACUUAUGAAAAUAUUAUUUGUAUAUUAUCAACUAACAUGACUUUUAUUGAUUUGGCAAGUCGUGCUCGCCUUUUAGAAGAUGCAUUUACAAUAGCUAGAACUGGAUUAAUAUCAUUUGAAUUAGCAUUUAGAAUGAGUGAAUAUUUGGUAGAAGAAAAGGAAUAUUUGCCAUUACUUGUUUUUAAUAAUCAUUUACAACAUUUGCUUCUUUUACUUAGAAAUCAUAAUAAAUCUUAUUUAAUUAGGUCAUUUAUUUUGGAAAUGUUAGAGACACAGUUUCACCGACUUUUCUCUCCACAUUUUAUUAACAAUGCCGAUAUUAGCGAAGAAUUUGCUAUGGUUCAACUUUGCCAGUGGAAUUAUCCUCCAUGUAUUGGACAUUCCUUGAGAGAGUUCUCUAGAGUUAGGUCCGCCUGUCGUGAUCGCAAAAUGAGUGACCAAAAGUGUAAUAAAAUUCCCCCAGAAUUACGCGGACCAGUUUAUAGCACAGCUAUUCGUCAUGGGAAUAUUGAUGACUUUGAUUUUCUUUGGAGUAAAUAUUUAAUUGAAGAAUAUGAUUCAGAAAGGGGUCGAAUACUUUCUGGCCUCGUUGGCACAACAGAUAUUAAACUUGUUGAAUUAUCAUUAAAUAGAUUUAUUGAAAAUAUAAGAAAUACAACAUUAAUUGGUUUUAAUCCUGAAGAUUUUUAUGCUUUUCUUUUAAAAUUUGUUAGAUCCCCGAUACUUAAUGAUGUUGUUGAUAGCAUGAAAAGAAAUUUUAGAAUGUUUGCUAAUAAGUAA